AAAAUUAAAUUAUUAAUUAAUUUCUGAUACAAGUCACAACAUUAGAAAAUCGUUUGCAAGCGUCUAAAUUGAAUAACAUUUAUCACGCAAUUAUUAAUACGACACGUCGCAAUAACAGCGUAUCUCCUCUCUUUUUUUUAUCUCCUUUGUGAUAAGAUAUGCGUACAACAUGGGUAUAUUUAAAACGUUUUACGCUGUGUCCGACGAAGCACUUUUCUAUUCACGAUGGAUUUGUCAUCGACCUUUGUGCUAUUAUUAGUUACUCUGAUAGUCAUUGGAGUUUUGAAAAUUAUCAGUGUGCUACAUCAUGCAUUUUUUUAUUGGAAAAAUAAGGGCCUACCUUAUAUGCCAGAUUCGUUUUCGUCUUUUUUAAUGAAUUGGAAAGUCGUUUUGGGUUACACCACUUUCUCCGAUUAUUGCCAAUAUAUGUACAGUUACUUUCCAAACGCUAAAUAUAUUGGAAUAGUGGAUUUUGUCACGCCUGGUGUGCUUUUGCGCGAUCCCAAGUUGAUCAAAGAAAUCAUGGUAAGGGAUUUUGAACAUUUUCCGGAUCAUCGCCCCGUCUUUGAUGAAAGUGUAGAUCCAUUGUUUAGCAAGAGCCUUUCCGCUUUGCGCGGAGAUCGUUGGAGAGAAAUGAGAAAUAUACUGAGCCCUUCUUUCACCGCCAGCAAAAUGAAAUUUAUAUUCGAAUUGAUAUCGAAAUGUUCUCGUGAUUUCGUUAAUUAUUUAGUCGAUCAUCCAGAACUUUGUCAAGCGAUCGAAACAAAAGGAGCCUUUCGACGAUAUGCUACUGAUGUAAUCGCUACGACAGCCUUUGGCAUAAAUGUGAAUUCUAUGAAAGAUCGAGAUAAUGAGUUUUACGUGAGAGGAGUGGAAGCUACGAAAUUUCCUACUGGAGUAUUAAUAAUGAUCAAGUUCAUAUUCAUAAAAUCGUGCCCACGGCUAGCUAAAUCACUUGGCAUGUCUUUUUUCCCACCGGCUACGUUAAAGUUUUUCAUGAAGAUCGUAGGGGAAACCGUUAAAGCGCGUGAGGAACAAGGUAUUGUCAGACCGGAUAUGAUCCACUUGUUACUACAGGCUCGUAACAAGGAAAAUGCCAGUACGCAUAAAAUGGCAUUGAUGGACAUCGUUUCGCAAGCUUUCAUCUUUUUCUUGGCCGGCUUCGAAACCUUUUCAACCUUGAUUAGCUUUGUUGCUCACGAACUGGCGGUUAAUCAAGAUAUUCAAGACCGUCUACGCGAGGAGAUACAGCAGUACCUUACCAAAGAAAACGGUGAGAUAUCUUACGAGUCGCUGUCGAAGAUGACUUACAUGGACAUGGUGGUUUCCGAGGCUCUCAGAAAAUAUCCACCAGUGAUCUUCCUCGAUAGAGUUUGCACUAAGAAAUACGAAUUGCCUCCAGCGCAACCAGGCUACAAAAAUGUGAUCAUUGAACCUGACAAUGUAUUGUUGUUUCCAGCUUAUGCUUUACAUCAUGAUUCAAAGUACUUUCCAAACCCAAGUAAAUUCGAUCCUGAACGAUUCAGCGAGCAGAACAAAGACAACAUCUUACCAUACUCUUAUCUGCCAUUCGGUGAAGGACCUAGAAAAUGUAUUGGCAAUCGAUUUGCUCUUAUGGAGACUAAAAUUCUAAUAGCUCGUCUUUUACAAAAGUUUACGUUGAAGACUACAGAAAAAACUGUUGAACCAAUUGUGUUCAGUAAAAAUGAGUUUUCGUUGCACCCUGUUAAUGGUUUCUGGAUUAGUUUGGAGAAAAGAGAAACCUGAAAUGUGUUGUAACAAAAUACAUUAGUCUACGAUGUAUUUAUGUUCGUUGCGUUAUUAUACCUUUAAAACAUUUAACACUUUAAAAAAUUUAUAAAGUAAACAAUAAGAUUUGUUUGCUAUAUGUUUAUAAUAAGUAACAGUUCAAGACAAAUGUUCUAAUCAGUCUAAUCAAUAAUCAAUUUUUUUACUAAUAAGCAAUGAAAAAUAUUAAGAUUGUAUAGAAUAAUAUUCUUUUUUAAUUAAAUUAAAUUAAAGUUAAAAGAAUCUUAAAGUCGUCUGUUUUACCAAAAUUUUUUAUUUUAACUAAUCUUUUUGGCUUUAUACUCUUUAUAGAAUUGCAAAAUUCUUUUACAGAAUUAUAGUACGUAACUAAAAUACAUACUAAAAUCUAAUGAAGUACGGUCGAUUUAACAUCAAAAACGAAAAAAAAUUCAUUUUUGGUACGUAGAGCUGUCACUUGAGGACAAUAUAGUAUACAAAAUCUACGAUAUCUAUGUACAAAAUGGAACCGUACAUACGUUUCUAGGGAUAACAUAUACGAACAAUAUCGUGCAGUUGAAACUAAGAUU